UUAUAUUUCUAUUUCUCUCUUCUCUCUCUCAUUGCUUCUCUAAUUUUAACAUGGUAAUCAGAGCUUCAAUCGGUCCUUGAUACAUGGCUGCUGCACCUGCUUCCGUUGUCAAUGUUCUUGAGUCUCUGUCUCGUACUGCAACAAUCAAGCUUGAUGAUUCGAAUUUCUAUUCUUGGCGUCAACAAGUUGAAGGUGCGAUUCGAUCGCAUCAGCUUCAUGAUUUUCUGGUUGAUCCAGAAAUUCCACAACGUUUUCUGACUGAAGAGGAUCGUGUAGCAGCGACUGAGAAUCCAGCUUAUACGACUUGGAUUAAGCAAGAUUCCAUGGUGUUUACAUGGCUCUUGACGACUCUAUCUCCGUUUGUUCUUCCAACGGUGAUCAACUGCGAGAGAUCAUCGCAGGUUUGGCGUGAGAUCCUUGACUUUUUUGAGAAUCAGUGUCGCGCACAGUCUGCUCAGCUCAGAUCUGAGCUGAAGAACAUAACCAAAGGUUCGAAGUCGAUCACUGAAUAUCUUCGACGCAUCAAGACGAUCGUCAACACUCUGGUUUCCAUUGGUGAACCCGUAAGUUUUCGCGAUCACCUUGAAGCGAUUUUUGAUGGUUUACCUGAAGAUUAUAGUGCUUUAAGCACGAUUAUCUUCACUCAUGCUUCUUCGAGCACGAUUUCUGAGGUCGAAGCGAUGAUCAUUACUCAUGAUGCUCGCCUGGAACGAUCACGGAAACGUAGCCUUAGCGAUUCUACUGCUUCUGCGUUGCUUGCGCAUACACAUGCGUUCGCAUCGGUUCCUGCUCCGAUUUCACCUCAGAUCUCCCGAACGCCGCCACCUUCUGUGGAUUUGACGCCGUCUCAGGCCAAUUAUGCUGCUGAAUUUCGUGGUGGACGUGACUAUCGGAAUGAUCAACAACGUCCAAAUUAUCGUGAUUCUGGUGACAAUCGUGAUACCUAUCAUGACCAGAAUGAUUCACGUGGACCAGGCGAUGGCCGUGGUGGCUAUCCUGCUGGUGGACGCGGUGGUGGACGCAGCCGUGGGCGCGGCCGUAAUUUGCAGUGUCGGAUUUGUCAGAAGUGGGGACAUGAUGCGAGUGUCUGCUACCAUCGCGUCGUUGGAGGUGGUUCUGUACAGAAUGGCACCUUUACUAAUAUGCCUAGUCCUGCACCUUUUGGAGCCUUUCCUCCUAUGCCUCUUGGUUCUGCCACUUUUGGCUCUUCCUCACCGUCUUUUUAUGCUUCUGGACCUGCUCCGUGGAAUUACUUUGGCUCUUCCGCAGGACCUUACAAUGGUGCUUACCUUCCAGGUUCUCAGUUUCCUGCUUUUACUGGUGGUUCUCAAUAUUCUGCACCUGGAGCUGUUUUUGGUCCAGUAUCAUCUUCUUGGAAUUCACCUCGGCCCUCACCUCCAUCUUAUCCGGGCCUUCUUGGCUCUCAGCCUCGCUCUCCUGCUCAUGCUUUGCUUGCUGGUCCUCUGCACCAUGCUUCUUCUUCCGCAUCUCAGCGUCUUGACAAGCCUACUUUGUGGUAUCCCGAUUCUGGUGCCACUCACCAUGUUACCAAUGCUGCUGGAAAUUUUUUAGACACUUCUUCAUUCACUGGAACUGAGCAGAUUUUGAUGGGCAAUGGCCAAGGAAACAUCUAAAGUGUUGCUUCGUGGAAGUGUUGGUUCUGAUGGCUUAUACACCUUUGAUGAUGUCAACGCUGCUAGUGUCUCUUCUAGUUGUUCUAAAUCUGAUUUGUCUACUAGUACUCCUUCUGUUUUAUCUACA